AUGGCCAAGGGAGAUCACACUAGCACUGGCAAGGGAGAUCCCACUAACACUUCCAAUGUGAGAUCGGACCGGAUCGUGACGAACUCACAGGGAAACCCGAUUAACGAUCCGUUUGCCUCGCAGCGGGUCGGCCAGUAUGGACCGUUGCUGCUGCAAGACUUCACCUUGCUGGACUCACUGGCGCACUUCAACCGCGAGCGUAUUCCAGAAAGAAAUCCGCAUGCACACGGAUCAGGGGCUUUUGGAUACUUGGAGGUCACCGACGACAUUUCAGACGUGUGCGGCUCGGCCAUGUUCAGCGAAAUCGGCAAGCGUACACGUUGCAUGGUACGGUUUUCCACGGUAGGUGGAGAAAAGGGUUCUGCUGACACGGCAAGAGAUCCGCGUGGGUUUGCUACGAAGUUCUACACCGAAGAAGGUAACCUCGACUGGGUCUACAACAACACGCCUGUUUUCUUCAUUCGCGACCCAACGAAGUUCCCGCACUUCAUUCACACGCAGAAACGUAACCCACAAACCAAUCUGAAGGACCCCGAUAUGUUUUGGGACUUUUUGACGACUCCUGAGAACCAGGUGGCCAUCCAUCAGGUUAUGAUCUUGUUCAGCGACCGAGGCACCCCUGCGUCCUACCGCAAUAUGAAUGGCUAUUCUGGACACACGUACAAGUGGUCCAAUAAGAAAGGCGAGUGGUUCUAUGUGCAGGUUCACAUCAAAACAGACCAAGGUAUCGAAAACCUCAACAACGAGGAAGCGGUCAAGUUAUCGGGAGAAAAUCCAGACUAUUGUGGCCAGGACCUCUUCAACAACAUCAAGGCAGGAAAAUUUCCCAGUUGGACUGUGUAUAUCCAAACCAUGACGGAAGAGGAAGCCAAGAAGCUCAACUUUUCCGUUUUCGACCUGACUAAAGUGUGGCCACACAAGCAGUUCCCGCUACGUCGUGUGGGGAAGAUGGUGCUGAAUGAGAACCCACAAAAUUACUUUGCGCAAGUCGAACAAGCUGCCUUCUCUCCCAGCCACACUGUUCCAUACCAGGAGGCCAGUGCUGACCCGGUUUUGCAGUCGCGUUUGUUUGCUUAUCCGGAUGCACACAGGCACAGAUUGGGUGCGAACUACCACCAAAUUCCCGUCAACUGCCCGUACGCGUCAAAAGUGUUCAAUCCCUCUAUCAGAGAUGGGCCCAUGAAUGUCGACGGCAAUUUGGGCUCCGAGCCCAACUACUUAUCCACCGCUAAAAGCUACAACUACAUUCAGACUUCUAAACCUAUUCAGCAACAUCAGGAGGUGUGGUCAGGACCCGCCACUCCGUUCCACUGGGCCACUUCUGCAGGCGAUAUUGAUUUUGUCCAGGCCCGUGGACUUUACAAAGUAUUGGGCCGCACACCUGGUCAACAAGAGGCAUUGGCUCACAACGUUGCAGUCCACGUAGCACAUGCAUGUCCUGAAAUCCAGGACCGCGUGUUUGCUAUGUUUUCGCGUGUCGAUGAAACCCUUGGCGACAAGAUCCAACGUGAGGCCUUAUCUAUUGCUCCGCGCCGCUCUACCAACUUGCAGUCCAAACUCUAA